AGUGACUCUGUACUCUCAAUGCAGAUAUACGUUGACCUGCUUUCCUAUUCUCCAACUUGGACUUGUUACCUGGUGCUGAACAGACUGCUCAUACCUUACUUGUGCUCGUCAGACUCUUUACAUCCACCAUGCCCGGGAAAGUCAAGGCCUACGAGCUCCAGUCUAAGUCCAAGAAUGACUUGGCGAAGCAGCUCACCGAGCUCAAACAGGAGCUCCUGACCCUUCGCGUGCAGAAGAUCGCCGGUGGAUCCGCAUCAAAACUCACGCGAAUUAACACCGUCCGCAAGUCCAUCGCCCGUGUCUUGACCGUCAUGAACGCGAAGCAACGACAAAACCUCCGGGAGUUCUACAAGGGCAAGAAGUACCUUCCCCUUGACCUCCGGGCAAAGCGCACGCGCGCGAUCCGCCGGCGUUUGACGCCUUCAGAAAAGAAGGCGAAAACGCUGAAGCAGAAGAAGAAGGAUACGCACUUCCCCCUCCGCAAGUACGCCGUCAAGGCAUGAUCGGGUCUUGCGUGUCGUUUUGUCGUCGGAUAUGCCUGAGGGUGCGCGGGCGCCCGGUUUGCACUCGUUUUGUGUUUGUAUGCAACAGCUUUGGCCUCCACAUGAAUAUGCUAUGGCAUGCACACCACCGUCUUUUGGCCUGCAACCUUCCAUGAUGUGACAGUGACUGCCGUCCGAGCUGCCUUGGCUUGAGUGGUCCCUCGGGGCACGUCGGUAAAUGCCGACUUCCUUUGCCUGCUGCAUUUGGACUACUCUCCGCUACCCGCGUCCCGUUGCAUAAAUGCUCAUGCUCGAUAUUAGUACCCC